AUGACCACUCCCGCCCUACCCGGCCUAGGCGCCCUACGGUCCGGCGUCCAGCUGGCUGCCCGGUCCCUCGAGACCCGGUGUGGCCCGUUUGUGCUGCCGACCGGCACGGUUCCUAUCCGAUUCUACUCAUCCGAUCAUCACAGACCAACAACGACGCAUUCACGACCCAGAGCUACACUACCUACCCAACACCAUGCCCCCACCAUAAUACGUCUGCCCGCCCGGCCAGGACCUUUCCUGCAAUGGCGCGGCCUCAAGCUCUUCGGCGGAAACAAAGUCAUCACACGCUACAUCGAUCUACCCCCCGACUACGACGAUGCGACCGGCCUACCCUUUGCCCGCGAGGACCUCACAGCUGAGCAAGUGGCCGAGAUCUUCGGUCCCCAUAUCACCGCCGAAGCCGCUAACCAGCUCCUGCGCAUCCUACACGGCCGGCGAGUAGCCGGUACGCUCGAGGACCCGACACUGCGCAAGAACACAGCACACUACAGCGCGAAGCACUACAAGCUUGCGCUCGACUACCUACGCAAGACAGUCCACGUCGACGAAGUCAUCAACGCCGGCCUGCGCGCCGAAGAUGAGCUCGCCGAGAUCGAGCGCCAGCGCGAACAGGAAGAACUGGAGAAGGCGACGGCCGAAGCGGUCGCUAAGCUCAAGAAGGAAGCCGCCAGCGUCGCCGCGAAGGUUGCCGACGGCAAGGAAGUGUCUGACGAAGCCCUGCCCCCCGUCACGGUCGAGAUUCCCAAGCCGAAGAAGUCCCCCUAUGGCGAGAGCGUCGUCGACAGUCUGGUCCGCCACAAAGAAGCCGCUGCUCAGGUCCUCAAAGCCCGCGACGAAGUCGAGAAAAAGAAGCGCGAGCAUGAAGAGCGCCACGGCAAAGCCGGCCCGUUGCAGGCCUACGACGAGGCCGCACGCAACCACCCCGUCGCGAUCUGGGUCGAGAAGUGGCGCGAUCGCGCUACGUCGCCGCUCGAAGCCCCGCCCGAGAUGCCCGCUUGGAAACGGAUCGGCCCCUCUGCGCUGUUCGCUGCCCUCGUUACGUCUGCCGCGCUCGCCUACGCGAUGAACUACCGCCCCAAGAAGCGCGACGAGCGCUGGUUCCCCGACGUUCCGCCUGCUGCAGCGACCGUCGGCGCGUUGAUCCUUGCGAACGUACUCGUCUGGAUUGCCUGGCACAUCCCGCCGUGCUGGCCGAUUCUAAACCGGCACUUCUUACUGGACGUAGCCGUUCCCCGCGCGCAUGGGGUUCUCACGAGUAUGUUCUCGCAUCAGGUGUUGGUUAAGCACCUCCUUCCCAACAUGGUCGGACUCUGGGUCUUCGGCGUCGGGCUGCACGACGAUGUGGGGAGGGGCAACUUCCUCGCUACGUAUUUCUCAUCGGGUGUGCUGGCCAUGCUGGGCACGCUGUGCUAUGGCGUCGCGAGUAACACGCUCAAUCUUACGUCGUUGGGCGCUUCCGGUGCUAUGUAUGGCUUGUGCGGCGCGUAUCUGUGGAUGCAUCGGUUGGAUCACUUCAAGAUUUUUGGGUUCCCCCCGGGGAAUAGUGAGGGGAUUUCGGGGCUGGUGUUGUUAGCUGUUGCGGGCGGGUUAAAUAUUGGGUAUGCGAUGACGCCGAUGCGGUUCAAGGUUGAUGUUACGUCGCAUUUAGUGGGUAUGCUGGUAGGUGUGUUGGCGGGGCAUUGGAUGGAGAAGAAGAGAGAGGAGAAGGGGAUGAUUCCGGUGUGGAAGGUUAGGAGGGAGAAGGGGUUGAGGAAGGAGGAGGAGCAGAGUUAA